AUGGGUACUGCUCAAAGUACACCCACAAGAAAAAUAACUAUACCAAAUGAAGAAAGUCAAUUUAUUAAAAUUUCGGAAUCUGUUGCUGAAAGAUUAAGAAAAUGUACCGAAACAAGCCCCCAAGAUAUGAUGAAGAACCAGCCAAAAGAUGAAUGUGAACCAGCGGAGAACCAUUUUAAAAAUGUAAAAAAUUCGGAACCCAAUCCUGAAUUUUCUGGUGAUGCCCUUAUCAAUUAUUAUUAUGGACCUUCUAUAACUUCUAUUAGAAUUUUACAGGAAAAAGAAAAGGAACUUAAAGAAAGCGAAGAAUAUUGGACGAAGAGAAUAGCAAAUAUGGAGAAGCAUCAUGCGAGAUUAAAUCAAAUUAUGAAAAAUGAAUAUAAUAAAGCAAUCGUUGAAAUAUCGUGUCAAUCUCCUCGGCCAGCUCCCGAUUCACCAUUUCCCUGUUUUGAACAAAAAAAUAAAUUACUAGAAUGCUACAAGAAAAAUCCCAAAGAAAUUUUGCUUUGUGCUGGAGAAGUAAAUGAAUUUGCUGAUUGCGUACAUGCCAAAAGAAUUUAUAUCGAGAAAAAAGGAACUGAAUGUAACAGUGUUGUUAUGUAG